GCGUCGAAGCAGCAGCAGCCGUAGCAGGCGCCAGCCCAGGAGGAAACCUUCCCAGCCAGGCUCUUCUGCUGCUGCUGCUUUGCAGACACACACCCAGCCAGGGCUGGGGAAGAAGCGCCCCCACUGCAGAGACAGCCGCUGUACUGUGCCGGCUGGCGGGGAGCCUGGGGGCACAUGUAGAGGGGCAGCAGCGAGGAGCAGGAGAGUCGGGGUGCUAGUCCUGCUUGGCCGCAGAGUACCGCGUCCCCCAAUCGGGAGUUUCACGGUCUCUGGUGCCGUCUCGUCGUCGGAGGAAAGUAUGGAGGUCAAUGCAGGGAGUGUGAUUGCUUACAUCAGCUCUUCAAGCUCAGCGUCUAGCCCAGCCUCUUGUCACAGUGAGAGCUCAGAGAGUAGUUUCCAGUCAUCCUCUUCGCCUGUACCGUCUUCACCAAACAGUUCCACCUCCGAGAGCAGCUGUAACAGUAGGAGCAGCGAGGGUUCUGACGGCACGCCAAAGAAUGAUCAGCUAGAUGAUGCCGUUAAAACAAGCCGGUCAAGUGCUGCUGGAUUGACCAAAGGCCAUGGUGGACUUACAAAAUUUAAUGGCAUGGUCCUCCUGUGUAAAGUCUGUGGGGAUGUCGCUUCAGGAUUUCACUACGGUGUUCAUGCUUGUGAGGGUUGUAAGGGUUUUUUCAGAAGAAGCAUUCAGCAAAACAUCCAGUAUAAGAAGUGCUUGAAGAAUAACAACUGCUCUAUAAUGAGAAUGAAUAGGAACAGAUGCCAGCAAUGCCGCUUCAAAAAAUGUUUGUCUGUUGGAAUGUCAAGAGAUGCUGUUCGAUUUGGCCGCAUUCCUAAACGUGAAAAACAGAGGAUGCUGAUUGAAAUGCAAAGUGCCAUGAAGACCAUGAUGAACAGCCAGUUCAAUGGUCACUUGCCAAAUGAAACAUUAACAGAGCAUCAGGAGCAAGUGCCCCCAUUGUCUCAAGAAGCGCUUACAUCCAAACCCCAACAAGCGGUGGAAAACAUCAAAAGUCCAUCUCCUCCUCCUCCCUCUGACGUUGCGAAGGACGAAGUGAUUGGUAUGGUGACCAGAGCCCACAAGGACACCUUCAUGUACAACCAGGAGCAAUCCGAAAACCCAGCUGAGGCCAGGCAGCCACAGAGCGGGGAAAGAAUUCCAAAGAACCCUGAGCAAUAUAGUUUGAAUAGUGACCAUUGUAGCAGUGGGCUUAGUGACACCCAUUAUACCGAGAGUGAGCAACAUCUUGCUGGACAAUACAAAGGGAGAAAUGUAAUGCAUUAUCCAAAUGGCCACUGUAUGAACUUUACCAAUGGUUAUAUUCAAAGAAUGUGUGGAAGGAUCCCAGAAGAUGGGUUUUCGGCAAAUGAGAACAUGAAUGUUUACUCACGCAACACUGGAGGGAGAAUGCACCUGGUUUGUCCAAUGAGCAGGACUCCCUUUGUGGACCCAAGUAAGACUGGCCAUGAAGUCUGGGAAGAAUUUUCUAUGAGCUUCACCCCUGCAGUGAAAGAAGUGGUGGAGUUCGCAAAACGCAUUCCAGGGUUCCGAGAUCUUUCCCAGCACGACCAGGUCAAUCUUCUAAAGGCUGGGACCUUUGAGGUUUUAAUGGUACGGUUUGCGUCUUUAUUUGAUGCGAAGGAACGUACUGUCACCUUUCUUAGUGGAAAGAAGUACAGUGUGGAUGAUCUGCAUUCAAUGGGAGCUGGCGAUCUACUCAACUCUAUGUUUGAAUUUAGCGAGAAACUAAGUGGCCUGCAACUUAAUGAUGAGGAAAUGAGUUUGUUUACCGCAGUUGUCCUGGUCUCUGCUGAUCGAUCUGGAAUAGAAAAUGUUAACUCUGUGGAGGCGCUGCAGGAGACACUAAUUCGUGCACUAAGGACCUUAAUUAUGAAAAACCAUCCAAACGAAGCCUCUAUUUUUACAAAACUUCUUUUGAAAUUACCCGACUUGCGUUCCUUAAACAACAUGCACUCUGAGGAACUCUUGGCCUUCAAAGUUCACCCAUAGGCCUUUAGCUCUUAUUUAUACAUGAACUUGACUCAUGUUAAGCUAUAUAUUUUGUGCUAAAAUACUUAUUUAUAUGUUUGUACCACUUGUUGGAGAAGAAAACCUCAUUGACUCUUGAGUGAUUGGUAGAUAUUCCGUAACCCUGCAAUAACACUUCAGAGUGAGUACUUUCAGUGGUUAGCAAUGUGGCAUUCAGAGUUCGUCAAGAUAGCCAGAAUCAUCAGUAUAUUGACUGUUCUGUUUUUCACUCAACAGAAAGACCUGUCAGCUUCCGCUGGUGAAAAGCAAAAGCAUAGUAGCUGUGUGGGAAAUGAGAGAAAUGACAGUUGGGCUCUCCCAUUUCUAACUCAUGUAGUCCUACUUGUCUGGAAAGCUUUUAUUAAUUCACUCACGGUUUCACUGUUCUUACUCCAUGAAAUUUCAUAGAAUAUUUCCAGUCCACGUCAUCAUUUAGUGCACAUACACAUGCCAUCUGUAUAUAAUGUAAAUAGAUACAUAGUUGGUGUUAAUGACUAUAUAAAGUACAGAAUUGUGUGUGUAUAUAUAUAUUUGUGUAUGUAUAUAAAUUGUUCUACAUAAAAAUAUAGACAUAAUUUCUUCACAAUAUUUUAAACUGUGAAGGCAUUAAACUUGCAAAAGCAGGUGAUCUAUGGAAAGAACCAAAAUAGAUGCACUUUGUCUCUUGCUGAACUAAUUAUCUGACCAUUUAUAAUUUUUAGAAAACAGCAAAUUUGCAUUGAUAUGCUAUAUUUGUUAAUAUAAGAAAUACUGUGGCACCAGAAUCGCAGUCAGGUCCAACUUUAUAACGAGAACUAUUAACUGAAAGAGAAUUGUUCAGGGUACUAGUUAGAUUGAUUGAUUGUUGCAGCUACAGUUCUUAUCUUGUGUGGAUAGUGGUUAAAAAUCUGUUGGACGCUAUUCAAGCCUUCAGCACAGCUGAUUACUGGAUGAGCAACAGAAUCCAUCAAUUCCUCCUCAAGAAUCAAGGACAAAUUUCAGGAAAAGUGUAGCCAUCUAAUAUCCAGAUUGCAGGUUUGUUUGGGGUUUCUUUUUUUCUUUUCUUUUUUUUCCAUUUAUAUGGUCUGUGACCAUUUCUUUCUUACACUACACCAAUUUGCUACUUGACUGCUAAAUAAGAUUUGACUACAUAACUGUGAGAGACACCUUUGUCUUUUCAUGUUAUUUCCCCCCCAGCCUUAAUAUGUAUGUAAAUAUUGGAGCUUUUUAAAGACCAUUUUUUGUGUACACAAAAUAGGUGCACUCGAUUGUUGGUUAUCAUGACUCGCUUAACAAAACAGAGAGUUUUGGGGGGUUGGGGCUCUAUUUAUUCCAGACACAAAAAUUCUCAAACUUGAGGGUCUGUUUUGUAUUCUGCUGCUUUCCACCCUAGAAAUGGGGUUCCUCAUGGAGUCGGGUUUCUUCUGUUAUACCAGGAAGUGACACCACAGACUUGUGAUUUAAAAUGCCAAAGCAGUAAUCUUAUAGUCAUGUUACUGUCAUAUAAUGUGGGAACAGAAAAUGCUCUUUUUACCUUCAUGUUUAGUUGACUUAUGUUCAAGUUUGACCCUCUAAGGUCUUAAAAUUGUGUAACGCUAACUGUUGUCAACUGAUAGAGGGUUGUUGCUGAAGGGUUAAUGUGAUGUGUAAGGGCACAAGCCCGCAAACCUGAUGGCAGAACUCCCAUUAACCUUGCAGGUUCAAAACGCUAUGGACCUGCUUCAAAGCCAGUUGAAGUCAAUACGAGUCUUCUCAAUGACUUCAGUGGGAUUUGGAUCAGGCCCUGGAGAUCCAGUUCUGCACCAUACAAGUCAAUGGCGGUUUUGCCACUAACGGCGGUGGAGUGAGAGGAGGCUUGGGCUGCACUGUAGCAUGAACAUUGGGCCAUCAGUUCUUACGCAGAAAUCUCAGUUGAAAGUGAUGAGUUCUGCCCAAAAGUGAAUGGCAGUGGAGCCAGACUAAAGGGGAGCUGGAAAGAGUGCAGCGCUAUUCUUGCUUUGCCAAAAAGUGGAGGGGCACAGCCUUUCCUUAUAGCUCCCCCUCCUCCUCAGCUGGUGGGGUGAGAGCUCUCCUCCUGUUUCAAACUACUUCAACCACUGGAGAACACCUGCCCCCCCUCUUUUAAAAUGUUUUCAGCAGAUUACAUUUCUAGGGCAUUUCCCCCUCAUUUCUGUCAGCACUGCGUCCAACCAAUAUUAUUAGUUUUAGAGCUUCACUUGUAUUCUAAAAUGCACAUUUAUGAAAGGACACAAGUGCAUCAUUUGUUUCUGCAAGGAGUCAAGGUGGCUCUUUAUAAACCCUAUUUCAAAAGUGAUGGUCAAACUAACCCCUGAUUUUUGGCUUUUUAUAGAGGCCUCUUUACCAUCUCUCUCUCUCUCUCUCUCUUUUUUAAAACUUUUAUUAUUAAGCCUUUAGGAAUGUAUAACCAGGACUGUGUAAGUAUCGCUUAUUCAAAUUUUAGUUAGUUUCAAUAUAUAUCCAAUAGCUAGAUAUUCUGACUUGUGCAAUUUCAUUUGAAUGAAAUCUUCCUACAUGUAAUGCAAACAGAACUUAUAUCAGCUGAAAAAAACCCACCAGAUUCAUGCCAAAAGGUUUGAUGAAAAAGAAGAAGCUAUUCAAAAUGGCUCCAUAACUGAACUUCAAAAAAAAGUUACAUUAGCCAUGUCUUGUGAGCUCAUUCUUUUACUGUGUCACUGGUUAUACACUUGUUAAAUGCUGAGAUAAUAGUCUUCAGGCAGGACACUUAUAAGUACUGUAGAUGGGACUUUGCGGAACGAUUAAUAUAACGUACUGUAUGAAUUUAUUGAAAUGUUCCUCUGAUUUUACAGGUUUAAAAAGAUUAAAUAUGGGCAUUAUGUUAGCAAACAAA